UUAGUCCCCAACAGGGCGGACGGCGGCAGGGCGGCCCCGGGCGUGGGCGGGGGCACCCAGGAAGGCGGAAGGACUUGACGCGCCCCGCGGCCCAGCGCAGAGCGGUUUCUUUCCCUAGCGCAGCGGCGCCCCCGCCGAGCCCCCAAGUCCCGAGCCGGAGCCCCCAGCCCCGCGGGCGCCAUGCGGGAGCAACUGCUGUUGUUCUGCAACUGGAGCACGCUGGGCGUGUGCGCCGCGCUCAAGCUGCCGCAGAUCUCCGCGGUGCUGGCGGCGCGCAACGCGCGGGGCAUCAGCCUCCCGAGUUUACUUCUGGAGCUGGCGGGUUUCCUGGUGUUUCUCCGGUACCAGUGUUACUAUGAGUACCCGCUGCUCACCUACCUGGAGUACCCCAUUCUCAUCGCACAAGAUGUCCUCCUCCUGCUGUGUGUCUUCCAUUUCAAUGGGAACGUGAAAGGGGCAGCGCCCUACCUCGCAGCAUUUGUGGCCUCGUGGUUCGUCCUUCCCCUGCAGAAGUGGAUCAUAGAUCUGGCCAUGAAUCUAAGCACUUUCAUCAGCACGGCCAGCAAGUUUGCCCAGCUCCAGUACCUGUGGAAGACCAGGGACUCGGGAGCCGUGAGCGCCCUGACCUGGAGCCUCGCUUCCUACACCUGUGCAACAAGAAUAAUAACCACUUUAAUGACCACCAGUGACCUUACAAUUCUUGUGCGAUUUGUGCUCAUGCUUGCUUUGAACCUGUGGGUGACGGCCACAGUCCUGCGCUACAGGAAGACGGUCGUAAAGGCUGAAUGAUGCACGCGCGACUCCUCCACACAAAGUGGAUUCCGAGUCACUGAACCAAAGGGGAGAAUAAGCUCUCUGCUGCAUCAGGGUCUUCUAGCAGUUUAGUCCAUUGUUUCGGAAACACUGAAGCCAGAGGUACUUCCGACAUGAGCCACUUAGACACUUGUUUAGACGUGCUGAUUCCCUCCCUCUCCUGGGCAUCAGGAGGUGGAGGCAGGGCUGACACCCGCAGGUUGAGCGUCACGGUCAAGUUCUCUCCAGAGAGCUAACUACGUCGGGUGUUCAGCUUUGUGUCUUGUAAGAAAUCAAUCCUCUCCAUGGCACAAAUGAUUAUGAAUGGAGUGGGAUUUUUCUCGAAGUCAGAAGUGGAAUUGUGGUAAAUUACUAGGGUUCACUUUCUGGGACCGUUUAGUUGUAAUGUAGAUUUAACGGGCUGGCCUUACUGUAUCGUAAUACAAUAUAGUACCUCCUUGGGCUAUAGUAAGGAUAUCGAGCAAGCAAAAACUGGCUUGAGUUCAUAUACCAAAGUUAGUCCUUUAACUUCAUAUAGUGCCUUUCAGUAAUUCCUAAGGAAAGGUACUAUUAGCUGCAAUCUCUACUUAGGAUGAGGCAGUCCCAGUGAACUUUCUGAUUCUAGCAUAAUGCUGCCCUUUAAAAAACAAAAACACAUCUUGUACAUUAACACGUAAAGGGUAUGGCUGGGUUCUGCCAAGUUCUUACGGAUUUCAUUCUCAUUAUAUCAUAUUCCAAACAUGAUGUUAAGAUUACUGGACACUGCGUUUUACUAUAAAAGUUUAUAAAACUUAAAAUUUUAAAACUCUUUCCCUUUAUAUUUGAAUGGCAUUAUUCUGUUACAUGUAAUAAGUAAAUGGUGUUUAUUAGAAAAUGUUGUAGUUUCCUAUGUAAAAUAAACUUUCAUAUUCUGACCUCU